GGGUCUACCCCCAGGUGAAGGGACUCACUGGGCCGGGGGUUGUACUUUGGAGGAGUUUGCUUCCUAACUCUGCUUCCCUGCUUUCCUGUGGGGGGUCUUCCCAGGAGUUCCUGGGGCCCUGGGUCACUUUUUGGGGUGCGUAAGGGGUGCCGACAAAGAUUUAGAACUCGGUUCCCUUUUCUGGAGCUGCGCUUUCAUCGCGACUGUCUCAGCCAGCUGCCCUCCUCCUCCAAGCUGGCUCCACUUCUCUAAGCGCCAACAGCGAUGGAAAUAAAUAGCAUGUGUACAGACGCCUGGACCCUUGAGAAACUCAGAAUAUUUCUGCAUGCCUUCCUAGCUCCUCUAGCGCUCUAGAAGUUGGCAAAGGUGCCUUGGAAUUUGUGUCGCUGAGUCAGCAAGCCUUUCAGAUUUGCCCGGUUUUUGUUGUUUGUGGUUUGUAUCAAGAUGGGAACUCAAACAAGUCAUUCCUCCUAAGGAGCUGGUGUCUUCAUCCAGAAGGGACAGUUUGUGCCAGCUCUCCAGAGAGAAAAGUGCCUCCCUCCCCAGCGGUCCCUCGAGCAGCCCGGGGAGCAUCCCUGCCACUGUGCCCGUGCAGAUGCCAAAGCCCAGCAGAGUCCAGCAGGCGCUCGCAGAGCCAGGGUCUCACUAUGUUGCCCAGGCUGGUCUUGAACUCCCAGGCUCAAGCCGUCUUCAUGCCUUGGCCUCCCAAAGCGGUGGGAUUCCAGUCAUGAGCUGCCACGCCCAGCUGAGGUUAUUUUCUAACUUCUGGAGAUUGCAAGGCAUGACGAGUGUUCUGAUGUCAGCCAUCGGACUCCCCGUGUGUCUUAGCCGCGCACCCCAGCCCACCAGCCCUCCCGCCUCCCGUCUGGCUUCCAAAAGUCACGGCUCAGUUAAGAGAUUGAGGAAAAUGUCUGUGAAAGGAGCGACCCCGAAGCCAGAGCCAGAGCCAGAGCAGGUCAUAAAAAACUACACGGAAGAGCUGAAAGUGCCCCCAGAUGAGGACUGCAUCAUCUGCAUGGAGAAGCUGUCCGCAGCGUCUGGAUACAGCGAUGUGACUGACAGCAAGGCAAUCGGGCCCCUGGCUGUGGGCCGCCUCACCAAGUGCAGCCACGCCUUCCACCUGCUGUGCCUCCUGGCCAUGUACUGCAACGGCAAUAAGGAUGGAAGUCUGCAGUGUCCCUCCUGCAAAACCAUCUAUGGAGAGAAGACGGGGACCCAGCCCCAGGGAAAGAUGGAGGUAUUACGGUUCCAGAUGUCGCUCCCCGGCCACAAGGACUGCGGGACCAUCCUCAUAGUUUACAGCAUUCCCCAUGGCAUCCAGGGCCCUGAGCACCCCAAUCCCAGAAAGCCGUUCACUGCCAGAGGGUUUCCCCGCCAGUGCUACCUUCCAGACAACGCCCAGGGCCGCAAGCUGCUGACCGAUGGCCACUACAUGAUGCUGCCCCUGUCUCUGGACCAGCUGCCCUGUGACAACCCCAUGGCGGGCAGCGGAGGCGCCCCCGUGCUGCAGGUGGGCCAUGACCACGGCUGCCACCAGCAGCCCUUCUGCAACGCGCCCCUCCCUGGCCCUGGACCCUAUCGGGAAGACCCCCGGAUCCAUCGACACCUGGCCAGGGCGGCGAAGUGGCAGCAUGAUCGUCAUUACCUCCAUCCUCUCUUCUCUGGCCGGCCUCCUACUCUUGGCCUUCUUGGCAGCCUCUACCAUGCGCUUCUCCAGCCUGUGGUGGCCGGAGGAGGCCCCGGAGCAGCUGCGGAUCGGCUCCUUCAUGGGCAAGCGCUACAUGACCCACCACAUCCCACCCAGCGAGGCCGCCACACUGCCGGUGGGCUGCGAGCCUGGCCCGGACCCCCUCCCCAGCCUCAGCCCCUAGCCUGGCCUCUUUGCAUGGGGCUGGGGGAGAUGGGGCGCCGGGAGUGAGUGCAUGGUGCUUUGUCCCAGCUCCUGCACCCACAGGCCCCCUCAGGGCUCCUUGCCUUUCCCCGCCUACCAGCACACCCCGUACCCUGCCUGGAAUCCCAGCACCAACCCCCCUGCCUCUCCUCUGCCUUUCUGGUUUCUCUCCCUCUCCAAGCAUCUGUAAGUUGCACUCAGGAGGGUUUAGGGGAGGGCCAUGGGUAGGCUGGCCAGUCCCCACCUCCAUCCCCACCUCUGUCUCACCUGACCUCCUGCGAGGGAGGCUGGAGACUGUGUGGACAGGCCGCCCUGACCGCAAGCUUCCAGACCCUGGGAGGAGGCCUGCAGAGGACUGUGCUUUGCCUGAUGCAGGGAGCUGGGCCCAUCCUGGGGCCUAUGAGACCUGAGCCACCCUCCGUCCCCCAUCCCACACAUCAGUGGCUGGGCAGGGUGAGGAUUCAGAGGCGUCUCUACUGCCCCUGGGCACAGCACCUUUCUGAGAGUGGGACUCUCCAUGGUCAUCUGACUACCAAUUCUGGCCACCACCUCCAACCCUCUUGCGCAUAUGGAUGGCUCUAGCCCUUAUCCACCCCCUCAAGCAUUUAUUAAGCAUCUGCUGUAUGCCACAUACAGGGUUAGACUUGGGGCUUCAGGCAUAGCCGGUCCUGACCUUGGGGAGCUGCCUUCUCUAGACCUGAGACGACCACAUGUCCAGAUGUGACCUGUUGCUGUCGGGGGUCUGUCAGGCCCUUAGACCGUCACCCCAGUAGGCUCUCCAGGACCCAGGAGCCUCCAUCACCUGGAAGGACCCUCUGUGCAAAACCUCAAGCGUCCAUCUGUGCACAAGGCCGGUGGUUCCCGUCGUCGCCACUCGGGGGUUGCCGGUGAGCCGCAGCCAGGCCGCCUCACGGCCAGUGCGCAUGUGCGCUCCUAUUCGCUGCCCCUUCUGCCUCCGAGGCGGUAGCAGAUGCCACGUUGGCGGGGUCGGUGAAGGUCAGGACUCUAGGCCUCCCUCCGCCAAGCCAGAGUGAUGAGCAAUCACGCCUGAGAGCCCACUGCGUGCCAUGCAGUCCGCACAGCCGCAGCGAUUUUCUAGAUGGAGAAACUGAGGCUCAGUGACUUGCCCGCUGCACUCUGUCCACGGCCGCUGCACACGCCCCCUUGGGCUGCGCUCCCGGACCUUCUAAUGUGACCACGGCUCCCGGCAUGCAGGCCCUGCCAGCGGAGGGAGCCCGGUGGUGACCCUUGGUCUGCAGCCCUCUUUGGAGAUCUAAAGCUUAAGGACUAUGGAGUGGAUCUCAUUGAAGUUUCAGACAAUGGAUGUGGGGUAGAAGAAGAAAACUUUGAAGGCUUAAUCUCUUUCAGCUCUGAAACAUCACACAUGUAAGAUUCAAGAGUUUGCCGACCUAACUGAGGUUGAAACUUUCGGCUUUCAGGGGGAAGCUCUGAGCUCACUGUGUGCACUGAGCGAUGUCACCAUUUCUACCUGCCA